AUGCCUUUGUUCAAUAAGAAAUAUGAAUCCAAACCCACUCCAGUAAGGACUGGCCGCUGUAAUAUUGGAUGUCCACCAGUUGCCGAAGAUUUGGAUGAAUAUAAAAAUAUCUCUCUGACUCUGGGCAAUAAGGAACUCAAAUUUCUUGAUGGAAUAUGGAUACAUUCGAACAAGAAAGGUGAUAUCGAUGAUUUAACUGAAAUGAACCGGAAGAUAAAACGUUUGGAAGGAGAAAAUAAUUUAAAUAAAGUUAAGGUGGAAAUUCUGAUGGAUUUAUUAACACAAAAUGUCCUUGAAUUGAAUAAACUUCAAGGAGAUGAUAAAGUCUAG